AUGGCAGGAGUCUUCCCUGGCACCAAGGAGGAGAUAGAAAUGUCCAUGCCUGAAGACCUGAUUCCUGGAAGCCAUGGGCAAAGUCAAGAGCACCUGGUGAUAGCAGAAAUAAUAGAGCAUGGAUUCCAGUCCCUGGGUGUCUCUCUGUGGCGACAAAAGUUGGGUUCAAAAGCUGCUGGCUCUGCUGCAGGCCAACCAGUUUGGAAUAUGACUGCCACUUGACCCAAGAAGAUGGGUACUCAGCUGCCAAUACCCAGAAUGUCAAGAGAACCAGUUCAUGGGGAUGUUCAUCCCCAGGAGUAUCCUGGUGGCUUCCAAGGCAUGAGAUUCCAUUAUGAGUGCAACUCAGAAGCAGAUAUAAUUGCAGAGAUUGGCCCAGAAGAACCAAAUGGACUAGAAAUGGAAGUCAUGAGAAGACAGCUGUGGGAGAUCGAUGGGCGUCUGUGUGCCCUGGAGGACCAGGCAGCCAUCAGUCACCAGAGGGAAGCUGUGUUCCUCACCAUGCUAUUGUUGGCUUGCAUUGCCAACCUGUGGCUGUGGAUGUGUCAGUGA